AUGCAACAAUCCUUGACUCAGAGCCAAACCUUUAACAUAUCCGGACACAUCAUUAGCUUGAACCUCCGGAUUGAAGCAGUAGGAAACACCAAUCAGAGGGACAAGCCUAAGGGGCUUGGUAUUGUAAGAACGACGGAUGUUGAUAAGAACAUAUCUUCAGCGGAGCAUAACAAGAAUCCUGUUCUUCUGCCGGAGCACAACCGUGAAACAGGCGAGGACUCCGUAGCCAAUCUCAAAGAACGACUACGGCUUGCAGACUUGCGCUGUUCAAAACUGCAAGAGUUGUAUCAAAGCUACAGGCUUCAUUGGCUGGAAGAAAGUUAUCGGGUCCAAAUCUUGGAAGAAUACGCACCAAGUGGGAUCAGUACAUACUCUCCUGGUCAGAUUGCAUGGGAUGCCCCUUCCCCCAUUCAAAAUAAUGAGGACGACAAAAUAGAGGGUCAGGAGUAA